CGGCACCAAAGCCUGGCCAAGACACCACGGCUUAAUAAAUAGAACUCGUUGCAGGUGGCCAACACCUAGUGUAAGCGUGGCUGUGUAUUGGAAGAGUGCCUCCGUUCACUCCACUUCCACUUCGAACCAAGCAUUCCCACUCAGAGUCUGGGCAAAUAGAGCUCUGGAAUCAAUCAUGGCGCGUUGGUGGCCAAUUUUGAGCGUUUUAUGCCUCUGCCUGGCAGUUGCACAUGGCCAGGACAAACUGGAAGGAGUUGAUGUUGAGGAGGUGUGCGCCGAUCGUCCUGCAGAUGAGUACUUCCGCCUGGAGACCGACGGCGAUUGUCGCGAGGUGUACAGAUGUACCAAGUCGGGUUUGAAAGAAAUUCAGUGUCCUUCGGGUCUGGCCUUCGAUGUGAUCAAGCAGACCUGCGACUGGAAGGCCAAGGUGACCAAUUGCGACGAGAAAGAGAAGCCCCGCAAGGCCAAGCCCAUCCUGAAGACGGACGAGCCCAUCUGCCCCUCGGGCAAGCUGUCCUGCGGCGAUGGCGAGUGCCUGGACAAGGAACUCUUCUGCAACGGCAAGUCCGACUGCAAGGACGAGUCCGAUGAGAACGCCUGCUCUGUCGACGAGGAUCCCAACCGUGCCCCCGAGUGCGAUCCCACGCAGUGCGCCCUGCCCGACUGCUUCUGUUCGGCGGACGGAACCCGCAUUCCCGGCGGCAUUGAACCCCAGCAGGUGCCCCAGAUGAUCACCAUCACGUUCAACGGAGCCGUCAAUGUGGACAACAUUGAUCUGUACGAGGACAUCUUCAAUGGCCAGCGCCAGAAUCCCAAUGGCUGCUCCAUCAAGGGCACCUUCUUCGUGUCGCACAAGUACACCAACUACUCGGCGGUGCAGGAUCUGCAUCGUCGUGGCCACGAGAUCUCCGUGUUCUCGCUGACGCACAAGGAUGAUCCCAACUACUGGACGGGUGGCAGCUACGACGACUGGCUGGCCGAGAUGGCCGGUUCGCGGUUGAUUGUUGAGCGUUUUGCCAACAUCACCGAUGGCUCGAUCAUCGGCAUGCGGGCUCCCUAUUUGCGCGUUGGUGGCAACAAGCAGUUCGAGAUGAUGGCCGAUCAGUUCUUUGUGUACGAUGCCUCCAUUACCGCCUCACUGGGACGAGUGCCCAUUUGGCCGUAUACACUGUACUUCCGGAUGCCGCAAUGCAAUGGCAAUGCGCACAACUGCCCGUCGCGUAGCCAUCCCGUUUGGGAGAUGGUGAUGAACGAGCUGGAUCGUCGCGAUGACCCCACCUUCGAUGAAUCGCUGCCCGGUUGCCACAUGGUCGACUCGUGCUCCAAUGUGGCCAGUGGCGAUCAGUUCGCCCGCCUGCUGCGCCACAACUUCAAUCGCCACUACAACAGCAAUAGGGCGCCGUUGGGCCUCCAUUUCCAUGCCUCGUGGCUGAAGUCCAAGAAGGAGUACCGCGAUGAGUUGAUCAAGUUCAUCGAGGAGAUGCUCGGACGCAACGAUGUGUUCUUUGUGACCAAUCUGCAGGUGAUCCAAUGGAUGCAGAACCCCACCGAGCUCAAUUCGCUGCGCGACUUCCAGGAGUGGAAGGAGAAGUGCGACGUCAAGGGUCAGCCCUACUGCUCGCUGCCCAAUGCGUGUCCGCUGACCACCAGGGAGCUGCCCGGCGAGACCCUGCGCCUGUUCACCUGCAUGGAGUGCCCCAACAACUAUCCCUGGAUCCUCGAUCCCACCGGCGACGGCUUCUCUGUCUAGAGGGGAACGGGGGAACGGGGGAGCGGGGAGCAGUCCAUUUUCCAAGGAGAACAACUCACAGUAGUUCCACCGAGAGUCUGAUAAACUAAACAAAAACAAUGAAAGCCCUAACAAACUGUGUGAGAGCGAGCUAAACCAUCCACAGAAAUACUCAAUUUGUUGCAUCUUGCUUCUUGUGUGAUCCUAAACAACCAGUUUCUUUCCGCUAUUAUUUAUGUAAAUUCUAUUCUAUUCUAUUCGACUCCCUACUACUUUCUCUAUCUCUAUCUCUAUCUGUAUCUGUAUCUCUUACUCUGUAUCUUUAUCUUUACCUCUGAAUCUGUAUCUUUACCUAUUUUUCUUUAUUUUUCUGUAACUUUUUCUGUUGAUUUUAAAAGUGAUUUGUUUUAAUUUACUUCGCUGCCUCUUUGACCAGCUCAAAGAACUUUUUCCACAAACAAACAAAAACCAAGCGCCAAAAAUCGCAGCAGCAAGAAUAUCUUCGUAAUUGUAUAAGUAUUUUUUAUAAGAAAAAUAUAAAAAAUAUCAAAAAAAUUAUUAAAA